AUGGAAUUCCCCCUCAUCCCUCACCUGUUCUUGCCCCUGAUGUUCCUGACAGGUCUCUGCUCCCCCUUUAACCUGGAUGUGCAUCGCCCACGCCUAUUUCUAGGCCCACCGGAGACUGAAUUUGGAUACAGUGUCUUACAACAUGUUGGGGGUGGACGACGAUGGAUGCUGGUGGGUGCCCCCUGGGAUGGGCCUUCAGGUGACCGAAGGGGGGACGUUUAUCGCUGCCUUGUAGGGGGCUCCCACAGUGCCCCCUGUGCCAAGGGCCACUUGGGUGACUAUCCACUGGGAAAUUCAUCUCGUCCUGCUGUGAACAUGCACCUGGGGAUGUCUCUGUUAGAGACAGAUGGCAAUGGGGGAUUCAUGGCUUGUGCCCCUCUCUGGUCUCGUGCUUGCGGCUCAUCUGUCUUCAGUUCUGGAAUAUGUGCCCGUGUAGAUGCUUCGUUCCGGCCCCAGGGAAGCCUAGCACCCACCGCACAACGCUGCCCCACAUACAUGGAUGUCGUCAUUGUCUUGGAUGGCUCCAACAGCAUCUAUCCAUGGUCUGAAGUUCAGACCUUCCUACGAAGACUGGUAGGGAGAUUGUUUAUUGACCCGGAACAGAUACAGGUGGGACUAGUACAAUAUGGAGAGAGCUCUGUCCAUGAGUGGUCCCUGGGAGAUUUCCGAACCAAGGAAGAAGUGGUGAGAGCAGCAAGGAACCUGAGCCGGCGAGAGGGACGAGAAACAAAGACUGCUCAAGCAAUAAUGAUGGCCUGUACAGAAGGAUUCAGUCAGUCCCGUGGGGGCCGACCAGAGGCUGCCAGGCUACUGGUGGUUGUCACUGAUGGGGAGUCCCACGACGGAGAGGAGCUUCCCACAGCACUGCAGGCCUGUGAGGCCGGAAGAGUGACACGCUAUGGGAUUGCGGUCCUUGGUCACUACCUCCGGCGGCAGCGAGACCCCAGUUCUUUCCUGCGAGAAAUCAGAGCUAUUGCCAGUGAUCCAGACGAGAAAUUCUUCUUCAAUGUCACAGAUGAAGCAGCACUGACUGACAUUGUGGAUGCAUUAGGGGACCGGAUUUUUGGCCUUGAGGGGUCCCAUGGAGAAAAUGAAAGCUCCUUUGGGCUGGAAAUGUCUCAGAUUGGUUUCUCUACUCAUCAGCUAAAGGAUGGGAUUCUCUUUGGAAUGGUGGGGGCUUAUGACUGGGGGGGCUCAGUGUUAUGGCUUGAAGAAGGUCGCCGCCUCUUCCCACCACGGACAGCCCUGGAAGAUGAAUUCCCCCCUGCAUUGCAGAACCAUGCCGCCUACCUGGGUUACUCUGUUUCCUCCAUGUUUUUGCGGGGUGGUCGCCGCCUCUUUCUCUCAGGGGCUCCUCGGUUUAGGCAUCGAGGAAAGGUCAUCGCCUUCCAACUUAAGAAAGAUGGGGCUGUGAGGGUCGCCCAGAGCCUCCAGGGGGAGCAGAUUGGCUCGUACUUCGGCAGCGAACUCUGCCCAUUGGACAUCGACGGGGAUGGAACAACUGAUGUCUUACUUGUGGCUGCUCCCAUGUUCCUGGGGCCCCAGAACAAGGAGACAGGACGCGUUUAUGUGUAUCUGGUGGGCCAGCCAUCCUUGCUGACACUCCAGAGAACACUUCAGCCAGAAAUCCCCCAGGAUGCUCGGUUUGGCUUUGCCAUGAGUGCUCUUCCUGAUUUGAACCAAGAUGGUUUUGCUGAUGUGGCUGUGGGGGCGCCCCUGGAGGAUGGGCACCAUGGAGCCCUGUACCUCUAUCACGGGGCCCAGAGAGGAGUCCGGCCGCAUCCUGCACAGCGGAUUGCCGCUGUCUCCAUGCCGCAGGCCCUCAGCUACUUUGGCCGAAGUGUGGAUGGCCGGCUGGAUCUAGAUGGUGAUGACCUGGUCGAUGUGGCCGUGGGUGCCCAAGGGGCAGCCAUCCUGCUCAGCUCCCGGCCCAUUGUCCGCCUGGCCCCUUCACUAGAUGUGACCCCGCCGGCCAUCAGCGUGGUUCAGAGGGACUGUAAGCGGCGAGGCCAGGAGGCAACCUGCCUGUCCGCAGCCCUUUGCUUCCAAGUGACCUCCCGCACUCCCGGCCGCUGGGAUCGCCGAUUCUAUGUGCGGUUCACAGCAUCGCUGGACGAGUGGACAACUGCAGCCCGGGCAGCAUUUGAUGGCUCUGGCCAGAGGCUGUCCCCUCGGCGGCUCCGGCUCAGUGUGGGGAACAUAACUUGUGAGCAACUGCACUUCCACGUGCUGGAUACUUCAGAUUACCUCCGGCCAGUGUCCUUGACUGUGACCUUUGCUUUGGACAACACCACAAAGCCAGGGCCCGUGCUGGAUGAGGGCUCACCCACCUCCAUCCGAAAGCUGGUCCCCUUCUCCAAGGACUGUGGCCCUGACAAUGAAUGUGUCACAGAUUUGGUACUUCAAGCUAAUAUGGACAUCGGAGGCUCCAGGAAGGACCCGUUCGUGGUUCGAGGCGGCCGGCGGAAAGUGCUGGUGUCAGCAACUCUGGAGAACAAGAAGGAGAAUGCCUACAACACUAGCCUGAGUCUGGGCUUCUCCAGAAACCUCCACCUGUCCAGCUUCACUCCUCAGAGCAACAGCCCAGUGAAGGUGGAGUGUGCAGCCCCCUCCCCGCAUGCCCGGCUCUGCAGCGUGGGGCAUCCUGUCUUCCAGAUGGGAGCCAAGGUGACCUUCCUGCUAGAGUUUGAGUUUAGCUGCUCCUUCCUCCUGAGCCAGGUCCUUGUGAGGCUGACAGCCACCAGCAGUAGCCUGGAGAGAAAUGGAACGCUUCGAGAUAACACAGCCCAGACCUCAGCCUACAUUCAGUAUGAGCCUCACCUCCUAUUCUCCAGCGAGUCCACUCUGCACCGCUAUGAGGUCCACCCCUAUGGAACCCUCCCAGUGGGCCCUGGCCCCGAAUUCAAAACCACUCUUAGGGUUCAGAACCUUGGCUGCUAUGUGGUCAGUGGCCUCAUCAUCUCAGCCCUCCUUCCAGCUGUGGCCUAUGGGGGCAACUACUUCCUGUCACUGUCUCAAGUCAUCACUAACAAUGCAAGCUGCACAGUGCAGAACCUGACCGAACCCCCAGGGCCCCCUGUGCAUCCAGAGGAGCUUCAGCACACAAGCAGGCUGAAUGAGAGUAAUACCCGCUGCCAGGUCGUGAGGUGCCACCUGGGGCGGCUGGCAAAGGGGACAGAGAUCUCUGUUGGACUCCUGAGGCUGGUUCACAAUGAAUUUUUCCGGAGGGCCAAAUUCAAGUCUCUGACAGUAGUCAGUACCUUCGAACUGGGCACUGAAGAGGGCAGCGUCUUACUGCUGACUGAAGCCUCCCGGUGGAGUGAGAGCCUCCUGGAGGUGAUUCAGUCCCGCCCUGUCCUCAUCUCUCUGUGGAUCCUCAUUGGCAGUGUCCUGGGAGGGCUGCUCCUGCUUGCUCUGCUUGUUUUCUGCCUUUGGAAGCUUGGCUUCUUUGCCCGGAAGAAAAUCCCUGAGGGAGAAAAAAGAGAAGAGAAAUUGGAGCAAUGA